AUGCAGCGAAUGCCUCGCCGCCGCCGUCCGUGGCGCAGGCUUAGCCUGGCCGCAUCUUCUGGCGGCGGCGAGGGGGAGCAACGCCGGCGGCGACGAGAUGGCCAGGCGCGGCCGCCGUGUUUCGCCGGAGGCGGCAGCGCCGCUGGACUACGAGGACCUCGUCGGCGAGAUCCUCCUCCGCCUCCCCCCGCUGCCCUCUCGCUCACGCGCGCCACCGCCGUCUGCAAGCUCUGGGGCCGCCUCGCCGCCUCCCCCGACUUCCGCCGCCGCUUCCGCGAGCACCACUGCCGGAAACCCCCCAUCCUCGGCGUCUUCGAGAAGCAGUCUUCGACGCUCCUGUUCAUCCCCGCCCUCGACCCCCCCGACCGCAUCCCCGCCCAGCGCCUCUCCCUCCAGGCCUGCCGCUCCGGGGACUCCUGGCGCGUGCUGGGGUGCCGCGCCGGCCGCAUCCUCGUCGUCAACUGGACGCGGCGCGAGCUCCUCGUCUUUGACCCUGUCUCCGGCGACCGCCUCCGCGUGGCCUUCCCGCCUGAUUUUGUCGACGGCGCACACAACGCCAACGGGGCUGUGCUCUGCGACGAAAAGAGCCCACUCAAGCUGGUCUUUGUAAGCUGCUCCAAUGGCGGUGGCCGAGUUGACGCCCGGAUCUACUCCUCGGCGCCCGGCUCCUGGGGAGACAUCAUCUCCACUACUCAACGAUGUAGUUUUACCAGUACUGAACGAUGUAGUUUUACCAGUAAAGCCGGCACCUUUGUGGGCAAUUGCCUUUACUGGUGGCUGCCUGAGCCAGGGGAUCGCAUACUAGAGUUAAAUCUGGAUACACAGAGCCUUGCCGUGAUCAAGAGUCCUUCCUGUCUGGUUAUCGGUAAUGGCAGCAGCUGGAUCAUCCGGGGAGAGGAUGGCGCUGUUGGCCUUGCCGUAUUGUUUUACCCUACCAUCGAAAUGUGGAACCGCAAGGUCGAUUCCCACGGUGUUGCGAAAUGGGUGCUGCACAAGAGCGUUAACAUGGACCUCAUCCUUGAUCUGCCGUCAUCGAUGCAGGGAUGGAACUCGUGUGUUUUGGGGUAUGCCGAGGAUGCUAAUGCGAUUCUUAUAUCGGUGGACAGCGGGAGGUACACCUGUGUCUUUACGGUUCAACUUGAGUCAAUGCAAUGCAAGCAACUUGAUGUAGAAUUUCAGAGGGAGUAUUCGUAUUCAUAUCAUCCAUUCGACAGUGUCUAUACUGCAGGCCCGUCGACGCAACUGAACAAUGGUGAGGGCGCUGGUGUAGCAGAAACGUAAUGGCUAGUGCAUCAUCAUACUACUACUCAAGCCACCAACUACUUCAAAUGCAAAGCUGAGGGACGGGUUUUCCCCCCUUAGUCGCAUUUUUUGUAAUAGUUGUCAUGUCUUAUGUUUGUUUGUUGUUGGCUUUUGGAGCCUUGGCCCUUGGAUGAGCUUUUACUUGCUCUUACUUCAGUCACUAAUGAACGUUCUAAAGUUUGGAGGUCGAGGGUGCUAAUUUUAGAAAGUUCUCAAAUUUGGAGGUUUAUAUUAAACCGAGGCAACAGAAUGACAAAAGUAGACUUUUUCCUAGAAAAAUUAUUAUCUACUAUCAGUGAAAAAUGGGAUGCAGACUCUGGACAGGUUCGCGGUUUGAUCCCACUACAUGUAGUAUAUGAAAUUACGAAUGAAUUAUUCUAAAUCUAACAGCAGAUGAUGAAGCGCUAAGUUUGUCUUUCCUGAUUUUCCCGUUCAUUGAAAUGCUAUUUUACCUAAUAUUGCUGGAUAGGCCCGAUUCCAAAUAUUCAGGCAGGCAUAAGCUAGGUUCCUAAUUAUGAAGGUGAUAUAUGCUGAUCUUGUUGUGCUAUCUCUUGUGCGAUGGUGACUAAUGAAAUUGUUUUCUGCAAGGUACUAUUAGAGCAUGAAGUACUGUACCAGCUGUUUGGCCAGCAAUUAUCUUGGUUAAUGCAAUGAGAUGAUUAAUAACUCAUAUCAAGGCUGAAAUGCCUCCUCUCCCAGCUGUUUUUAAGAUGUCAACACAUUUCGAAAAAAGUAGAGCAUAUAAUUCAUUUUUCUAGCGCAUGAUUGUAAACUUUUAUUAGAAAAUUUAAGAGAGAAAAAAACUGAAUUUCCGGUGUGCUAGAUAAGCAAAAUUUUGAUGCCUAGAUGUUGACUCGUGGUAGCCACAAUAUUGCCAUGUCUGAUGUGAUAGAAGCAAGAACUAUAUGUCUAUAUAAUUUUGGUAGGCAGGGUUGCUGUUGAAUCCUCAACUUAUUGGCAGGCAAGAAGGCGAAAUCCACGAUUGGUCUGCUGGCAUCUGAGGUCUCGUGGCCGGGUUAUGAAGGUGUGUGAAUAUCCUGUUGAGUCACAAAGAGCAAGCGCGCGUGAGGGAUGGCAAAGAUUCAGUCAUAAGUUGCAGAACUGUUAUGUAACUUGGAGUACUAUCCUGCUUGUUUGAAUUUUGUGUGAUGCUUUUUUUCUAAAGAAAAGAAUGAAAUAAGUUUGUGAGGAUGAUAUCUCAGCUGCUUGCUCCACUUGAAUGUUUUGUAUUUCUGUUAGUAGCCUUUUGAAGUUUAAAAUUGAAAUCUUAAUUGUUGUACUUGAUGAUACUCUGGUAUCUCGUGAUCUUCAAAACGGCUGAUGCUACUUGAAGAGAGCGUGGCUGUAACUUUGAGCCUGAUUUCCUUGUUAAAACACCAGUUUGUCUUUCAUGUUCUUUUUUCGCACUGAAAUUACUGCACUUCAAAGAAUCACUCACAGAGGAAACACCAAGUUUGUCAACUGUGAAGUUAAUAAACAUU